AUGAUUUCGCCCAAAUACUCGCUAACUAAUUACUUCUACCCUAGUCUUUCGUCCAAGACACCUCCCAACGUGGUGAAUCUUUACUUUGAUUACAAUUGUCCCUUUAGCGCCAGAUUGUAUGUCAAGCUUCAAGACACGGUGAUUCCACAGUUGCAGGAAAAACAUGCAGACAAGUUCCAGUUUGUCUACGUCAACGUUGUUCAGCCAUGGCACCCCAAUUCUGUGUUGUUGAAUGAAUUUGCACUUGUGGUGGGAAAGUUGUUGAGAGAAAAAGGAGGAGAAAACACCAAUAAGCUUUUCUGGGACGUUUCCCGCGCUAUUUACGACCACAAGGAGCAUUUCUACGAUCAAGCCAAUGUGGAAUUGAACAGAAACGAGAUCUACAAGCAGAUUGCGAAAAUCGCCUUUAGCAAAGUCAAACUUCCAUUCAGUGAAAACGAUGUUUUGGACCAACUUACAUUCAAGCAAGAACCGGUCAAUCAGAUUGAACUGAACCCUGGAAACGGAGCCACAACUGACUUGAAGUAUUUCACGAAAUACUUGAGAAAUGUAGGUGUUCAUGUCACUCCUACUGUGAGCGUCAAUGGUAUUAUAGCCGACUCCGUUUCCAGCGGAACCGAACCAAAUGAAUUGGUUAAAGUGUUUGAAUCUUUUUUAGGUUAG